CCCUCUGGGUACAGAUGCAUCGGCGCUUUGCAGCAUUUGGUCGUCGGUUUCUCAUCACCUCCACUCUUUGUCCGACCAAUGAUACAUUUUUAUCCUGCAAAUUGAUAAAUUCCCUAUGCCCCAGAAACAAGGGAGUUUCCUAUUUUAGGUUCCUCUCAACGAUGGCGCUGCAGCGUCAACUUCCCGACCCUGACGACCCGUCUACCUUAAUGAAGGAAGACGGCGUUGCAGUCUGUUCUUCAAUGUGGAUAGAGAAUUUUCGAGAACCCGAUAAAACACUGACAAAUCUAACAAACUACCUUCGACGGUUUGAGUUAUGGGUGCUGGCUUACCAAAAGGUAUGUGCUGAUGAAACGGGAUCUUUCAUGCCCCGAAGUGCAGUACAGAAAUCUGCAUUGGAGGAUUUGUUGGCCCUUAGAAAUUCUGUUCUAGAUGGUAGGUUUAAAUGGGGAGCCAGGUUAGAGUUUUUCAUUCGAGCUCCGAAUGACAAAACCGACCUUGAAUCACUCUCAAAACGGAAAAUCAGGGCUCUUUUGACUACUACUCAACCGGCUGCAUUCCAAGAUCGAAUUGUCCAAGAAGUUCUGUUCAUGAUAUUGGAGCCCAUUUAUGAGGCUCGUUUCUCGCAGAAGUCAUAUGGUUUCAGGCCUGGCCGGACUGCACACACUGUUUUACGGGUUAUACGACGGAACUUUGCUGGAUAUCUUUGGUACAUAAAGGGGGAUCUUAGCACAAUCUUAGAUGGGAUGAAGGUGGGAUUGGUGAUUAAUGCCCUGAUAAGAGAUGUGAGGGAUAAGAAGGUGAUUGAUUUAAUCAAAACUGCACUUGUGACUCCAGUCAUCACGAGCCGAGUUGAUGAAGGGGAGAAGAAAAAGAAGAAGAGGAAGUAUCAGAAGAAGAAAGUCUUAGCAGAGGAUGAGCCAAAACCUGACCCAUAUUGGCUGCAGACUUUCUUUGGAUUUGCCCCAGAGGAGGCAGAGAAGGUUCCUUCUUGGGGGCACUGUGGGAUUCUUAGUCCUCUUCUUGCAAACAUAUGCCUUGAUGAGUUGGAUCGUUGGAUGGAGGAUAAGAUUAAGGAGUUCUACCGUCCUUCAAAGAGUGAUGUCAUUUGGAAUAGUCAGGAUGGGGAAGUGGAGCAAGGUAAUACAUCAUGGCCGGAAUUUGUGCCCACUAGCGGGCCUGACAAGACCCGAAAAAUGGAUUACAUCCGUUUUGGAGGCCACAUCUUGAUCGGAGUCCGCGGCCCAAGGGCAGAUGCAGCAAUCCUAAGGAAACAGUUGAUUGAAUUUUGUGAUCAAAGGUAUCUACUCAAGCUUGACAACGAUGGCCUUCCUAUUGAACACAUUACUAAGGGUAUAAUGUUUCUUGACCAUGUCUUGUGCCGGAGGGUUGUGUAUCCAACACUUAGAUAUACAGCAACUGGUGGAAAGAUCAUUAGUGAGAAGGGCGUAGGGACCCUUCUUUCAGUGACAGCAAGCUUGAAGCAAUGCAUCAAGCAAUUCAGGAAGUUGGACUUUCUCAAGGGAGACAGAGAUCCAGAUCCACAGCCUUGUUUCAGAAUGUUCCAUGCUACUCAAUCUCACACAAAUGCACAGAUGAAUAAGUUCCUGUCAACAAUGGUAGAAUGGUAUAGGUAUGCAGACAACCGUAAGAAAGUUGUGAACUUCUGCUCUUACAUUAUAAGGGGAUCACUGGCAAAGCUCUAUGCUGCAAAAUACAAGCUUCGUUCGCGAGCAAAGGUGUAUAAGAUUGGAUCCCGAAAUCUUAGCCGUCCAUUGAAGGAGAAAAAAGGGCAGUCUCCAGAGUACCAUAAUUUGCUCAGAAUGGGUCUGGUGGACUCAAUUGAAGGGCUUCAGUAUACCCGGAUGUCUCUAGUACCUGAAACUGAUUAUACCCCUUUUCCCAGUGGUUGGCGACCUGAUCAUGAGAAGGUCUUGCUAGAAUAUAUAACACUUGAGGAUCCGGCGACUGUUGAAGCGCAACGCAGUUGCCUUAGAGAAGAGGGUCUUAUUUCACCACAGGAAUACAUCUCAAUGCUUGUUUGGAACUACAAAAGGAAUUCUAAUAUUGUGGAUCAGCUUCCUGUGGUUGAGAGCAGAGGCAAUAAUGUCCAAACCGAAAAAGAAAUGUUGUUGAGCUCAAGCUUGAAAAGCUUCUGUGGCAGGACCACAGAUGAGGAAGACAAUAGAGAAAGAUUCCAGGCUGCCUUGAUAUAAGGAACAUGAUCUUCUUUUUUCUUGUUUGUAUUUUAAAGUCAGAUUUGAGCCUUUAGGGUUUCAAUUGAUCUGUUUCCAAGAAGUAAAGCAUUUCAGCUGAUCGAGAUCUAAAUAUGAUUUUGGAAAACUUGGUAAUAUGUCUGCAAUCCAUGUAUAAGGACUGAACUAGACAACCCAAGAUAAUCAGAAGCUGGCUUUCAGUUAUCACCGUCAAUCUUGAAGAUGCAAUUAAGGUUUGUUUCUGUACUUCUUUGUAAAACUAGGGAACUAUUUCAGAUUAGAAUAUGCCUUGUGAGAGCUGUCAUAUUUUCAUAAGGUGGAAGCUUUUGCUUAAAUUAGCAUUUGAGGUGCCUCCUCUCAGUUCUACUAUCUGCCAA